GAGAAAGUCUCCAUCCACCACCACUUGAUCAUCCAACACCAGACCAUUCGACAAGAUGGGCAAGAUUAAGAAGAAGGGUACUUCUGGCCAGGCCAAAAACUACAUCACUAGAACUCAGGCUGUCCGCAAACUCCAGAUUUCUCUGCCGGACUUCCGUCGACUAUGCAUCUUCAAGGGUAUCUAUCCUCGUGAGCCCAGGAAUAAGAAGAAGGCCUCCAAAACAUCAACCCCCAACACCACUUUCUACUACACAAAAGACAUCCAGUACCUCCUCCAUGAACCGCUGCUCGCCAAGUUCCGUGACCAGAAAUCGGUUGCAAAGAAGAUUGCUCGGUCUCUUGGACGUGGAGAAGUCAGCGAUGCUUCCCGUUUGGAGAAGAACCAUGCGCCGAAACUCACCUUGGACCAUGUCAUCAAGGAGCGCUAUCCCACCUUCAUUGACGCCUUGAGAGAUCUUGACGAUGCUCUGUCGCUGCUUUUCCUCUUUGCCAACCUGCCGUCUACCGCCCAUGUGCCACCCAAGACUAUUGCGCUCUGCCAGCGUGUUACCCACGAGUUCCAGCACUACCUGAUCACCACCAACUCCUUGCGCAAAUCGUUCCUUUCCAUCAAGGGUAUCUACUACCAGGCGACUAUCCAAGGACAGGACAUCAUGUGGCUGGUCCCUUACCGAUUCGUGCAGCGAGUGAAUGGAGAUGUCGAUUACCGUAUCAUGGCCACCUUCGUCGAUUUCUACACCACCUUGCUAGGUUUCGUCAACUACCGACUGUACUCUUCGCUGGGUCUGAGAUACCCUCCCAAGUUCGACACACGGAGUGACGAGAACGGAGCCGAACUCGCUGCAUUCACUCUUGAAGGCCGUACAGUUGGAGAGGCGCCCAAGGCUCUUGAAGCCGGCAACACAAAGCCGAGCUCUUUGCCUAACAAGGAAGUCUCCCGCGAGGUUCAAGACAAGGUUGACAAGGUGAUCAAGUCUGCCGGUCUCGACAAGACCAAGGACGAGCAAGCAGUGCAGGCCACUGAGGAGGCGACUGAUGCCAUUGACAAGUUCGAAACCGCCGCCCCCGAGGCUGACACCCUUCCCCAACCCGAGAUGAGCGGCAGCGAAGCUGGCGCGCUUUUUGCGCCAUUCACCGUCUACGUCUCCCGAGAAGCACCUAGAGCUCCGUUGGAAUUCCUUCUGCGCUCUUUUGGCUGCAAGCGAAUUGGCUGGGACACCGUUCUCGGUGACGGCGCUUUCACUCACGACGAGUCAGACCCCCGUAUUACACACCAAAUCGUUGACCGACCCCAGCUUCCCGAGUCCGCUCUCCCAGCUAUUCCCGCGGCUGAUGGUGCUGCACCCCAGAAGGUCAGACCCGGAACCCGGAUUCCCGGUAGAACAUAUGUCCAGCCUCAGUGGGUUUGGGAUUGCAUCAACGAAGGAAAGCUUCUCCGUCCCGACUUGUACGCACCGGGCGCUACUCUGCCUCCUCACUUGAGUCCGUGGGUUAAGCCUAGCAAGGGUGGCUACGAUCCUCGUGCUUCUCUGGCCGAGCAGGAAGAGGAGGGCGAGGCUGAUAUGGCAGCCGAAGAGAGCGACAGCGAUGAAGAGAUGGAAGACACCACUGAUGACAAGAAGAAGUCUGACACGAAGACAAAGGAAUCCGAGGAGUCCGAAGAAGAAUCUGUCGACGGCGGUAUGGAUGUUGCCGGCACCGACGACGAUGAUGACGAUGACGAAAGUGAGAGUGGCGAAGAAGAGGAGGAAGAAUUCGGUGGACUCGAAGAAGACGCUGCCUCUGAAUCCGAAGACGAGGAAGAGUCUGCCCGCACACAGCACCAGAAGGAGCUCGAGGCGGAGGCAGCUGGCCUUCCCUUCUCCUCCGGCGGCGCCGCUGGCGAAGCAGCAAAGAAGAAGUCCUCGCAAGCCAAGAAGAUUGCCGCCAAGAAGUGCAAGGAGGAAGAAGAGCUGGAGAGACAGAAGAUGAUGAUGAGCCGGAAGAAGCGCAAGCUGCUCGAGAAGAUGAUGUACUCGAACAAGAAGCAGUCCGACGAGGCAGCCAAGCUGCGGUCCAAGAGAAGAAAGGUCGAAAAGGGGGCCGAGAAAUAAAAAGUUAAUUCAUCUUUUGUGAUAAUGUGAUAUCCUCGCUUGGAUUUGGAGGCAUUCAAUUACAUGGCGUCUUGAUGUUGUUCUAUAUUCUGCAUGCAAAUGGUUACUGAGACUGUAAAUUGCUUCCGAGUCGUGGCGCUUUGUAGACAUACACAUUCUUUUUUAAAAUUUAGACAAUGAUCAUAUAUUCAAUUGAACUCGAUAUAUCCUCCAUAUGACUUGUUUCAAUCUUUUGUGAUCCAUCCAC